AACCAACACUUUUGUACUUAUUCCCAACUUUUCCACUUCAUUAACGCCCAAGUAGGGACGUAUAUAUUGACUAACUGAAUCCACACAAAAUUCAACUAGCCAGGCAACCUUGUUACGUAUCUUCUUCUUUUUUCUCUUUCUUUUUUCUGAUUACAAUAUACAGAGAGAUUAAUCUGUGUAAUCAAGACAGCCAUUUGGGUGCAGGAGAAGUGAUCAAAGAGGCAAAUAUGGUGGGCUUAUUCUCUAGAUUUUCUGUGAGCAGAGCUGCCCAUCGUCGAACUCAAAGUGCACUUGAUGAAAGGGAAGUAUUGCCCCCAAAUUUAGAGGAAACAGAUGCAACUAGUAUAGGUGGAGCUUCCUCUGUGGCGCCUUAUGGUAUUGAAUUUGCAUACGAGUUCAAGCCAGUUGAACACCCACCUGAGCCUCUUGAUAUUGAUUGGCCAAUUCAAUGUCCGCUGCCAGAACCUUCAGUACUGAAUGAUGGAAAAAUAUGGAAGGAGCGAGUCCCUGCUGUGCGAAUUAGAAAGCCUGAUAUUCCCGUUGUGCAGGAAGGAAGAGCUGCCAACUCUGAGUCAGCUCGAACAAUACCUAGACCUCCCAUGAAUCAUGUUAUUCUUCCGUCAAUCAGUGCACCUGAACGUAGUCUGCUUAAAUUUCUGGAGGAAUCAGGGAUUUGUUGAUCGAUUGGUUUACUUUGUCGAGGUACUAUUGCUAUACCGCAGAAAGUUGAGACUCUCCGCUCGCCUCUUCAGAAGUUCCCCCUUUUGUUUUUUUCAGUUUCAUGCUUGGUAUUGUGUACGUAUUUCACAGGAAAAUUCAAACACAGUUGCAUGUAAAUUUUAUAAUAAUGUUAACAGAAUCAUUUGUACA